GCUCUCCGGUGAUUCGGGACUGUGAUCGGGGACUUGGUGGAGAAGGCGAUGAUAACGAGAUCGAAUUUAGCAGAGCAGCUGAGGGAAUAUCAGAUUAGAUCGAAACAUGAUUGGGCUUCCGUUUCUUUCUUUUCUUCAACCUCCAAUUUCUCUUCCUCCAGGGUCGAUGUUGUAGUAUUUGUCAUAUGGGAACUAGUGAUCUUAGCAUUCCUGGUGUUUUCAGCAGUAUCCUUUUACUUCAGGAGGUUGCAGCUCGCAUUCAUCCUGGUUUGUGUCACCUUACUAUUACUCGUCUGUAUGAAAAUCACAAAGCAAGUGAGACAAGCAAGGAAGAAGAAGCGAAGAAUGCUUCUUCCUCUCUCUAUAUAACAGUUAAAGCUCAGACUGACUCUGGGACACGUCGCCUUUGUCCGUUGAAGAAUCGACCUGACUUGAGAUAUGAAACCAGGGAUUGCAACUUCAGGGCUUAGCUUAGACAAAUCAGAAAGAAAAAAAAGUGGUUGUAAAGGUUGUUUUCCUGUAUAAAAAGUAGUAUGGGGUUGCAUUAUUUUUGCUAGGCACGAUCACGGAAGAUUUUUUGUUUACUUGAGCGUUUUGUGAUUAAAGAUAGUUUCCAAUU